AUGGUUUCAUUACUUCAGGACCAGUCCAAUAUUAAAUUUUCUGCCUCGGACACUCUGGAAAGGGACCAGCAGGACCUGAUGAAGGCACAGGGGGAUUCAAUAUCCCCAGUUCAGCAGAGUGAUAACCCCAGCUACAGCUGCCCGCCCUAUGAGCCGGACACCCGGACAGAGAGAACGAGCUCAGAAUCCUCUCCCAGCCCCAGCCCUGCCUCCCCAUGCCAGGACCCCAUCCCGGGAGGCUUCCCUGGCACCCAAGGAAUCCCCUGUGGCACCAACAAGUUCAGGGCAUCCUUCGGCACCGAGCGAUUCCGGCGCUGCAGCUACGAGGAGAACGCAGCCGGCAGCUACGAGCGCUUCCUCAAGAGCACCAGGAGCCCCUUCCACCCUUACAAGAGGCAGAUCAGCGAGGAUGUUUUCCAGGAAUCCCACCAGGCCCUGCCUCCAGAAGCUUCUCCCUUCAAGAAUCACAGGAGCAUCGAUGGCUUUGAGGGUCUGCCGGGGUCUGCUGAGGAGCCGGAGGCUUUUCCCACCCACAUCCCAAAUAUUUCUGCAGAGCAGCCGUGGUGUAGCAGCCUCCAGUACAGCUCCACGGGGCAGGAGCACGGCGCCCAGGUCAUGCAGGAUUCAGACCUGAAGCUCAGGACAUCCCCGCUGGAAGGGCAGCCUGGCCUGUAUUGCUACCAGCCCCAGGUGCAGCAGAUGUAUUGCUCCUCACACCCCUUCCACCAGUACCCCUCAGGAGGCAGCUACCCCGUGACUUACAUCGCCUCCUCGCACUACCCCUACCAAAGGAUUGCUCCUCAAAGCAGCCAAGAAUGUCAGCAGCCUCUGUUCCCCAAACCCAUCUACUCCUACAGCAUCCUGAUCUUCAUGGCUCUCAAAAACAGCAAGACAGGGAGUUUGCCAGUCAGUGAGAUUUACAAUUUCAUGACAGAACACUUCCCUUACUUUAAGACAGCUCCAGAUGGUUGGAAGAAUUCCGUGCGCCACAACUUAUCUUUGAACAAGUGCUUUGAGAAGGUUGAGAACAAAUCAGGGAAUUCUUCUAGAAAGGGCUGUUUGUGGGCUCUGAAUCCAGCCAAGAUUGACAAGAUGCAGGAGGAGCUUCAGAAAUGGAAGAGGAAAGACCCAGUUGCUGUGAGGAAGAGUAUGGCAAAGCCAGAAGAGCUUGACACCCUGAUAGGCGACAGGAGCGAGAAGCUGCGCUCGCCGCUGGUGCCCUGCAGCCCGCCGGGCGCUGCAAGUGCCUCGCUCUCCAGGCAGAUGGCAGCGCAGCCCCAUCCCUUGUGCGAGCCCUCGCUGUCCUCGGGCAUCCCGCAGGGCUUCCCCGGCAUCCCCGGCUCGGCAGCGCUGCACGCCAAGAGCCCCCUGCCCGCCCUGCUGGGGGGGCAGCAGCCCGGCUGCUUCUCGUCCCCGCAGGGCUUCCCGCAGGUCCCCACGGCGCUGCUGCAGCACACGGCCGAGCCUCAGAGCCUGUUCCAUGCUGGGGAGGCGCAAAGCCAGCUCCGGACUCAGCCCAGCAUCCCUCAGGAUUCGCCAGUGCCGGCCCAGAGCCCCCCGAGCUGCGGGAUGAAGAUGCUGCCCGAGCAUUCUCCGGCCAGGACGGUGCAGGACACGCUGCUGCAGGAGGGAGACCUCAGCAAUGACAUCGAUGCUCUCAACCCGUCCCUCACUGAUUUUGAUCUCCAAGGCAGCUCACCACGCUCUACUCGGCCUUCAUGGAGCUGGACACGGUGUCCCCGUCGUACCUGAGCAACACCCCCGGCUCCAAACCCAUCGCGCUGAUGUGAACCACAGCCCCGGCACCGCCCUGACCCACGGGAACAGGAAUUUUAUCUCUUUUUUCCCAGAACUCACCCGCAGGAUAUGUAGCUUUAUCGUGAUGGUUUUCUACAGACUGACAUUAAAGCAAAAAAA